GCCUUCAUUUAUCAAAAACCCUAGAACAAAAAACUCCAAGGCCACAGUUGCUCUUUCCCCUUUCCCUCAUCUCACUUCCGCCGUUCUAGCUUACUUCAAUCAUGAAGAUCAAUGUCGCUAACCCCACUACAGGGUGCCAAAAGAAGCUUGAAAUCGAUGACGAGCAGAAACUUCGGGUCUUUUAUGACAAGAGGAUCUCCCAGGAAGUCAGUGGUGAUGCUCUUGGAGAGGAGUUCAAGGGUUACGUCUUUAAGAUCAUGGGAGGAUGUGACAAGCAGGGUUUCCCCAUGAAACAGGGUGUUUUGACUCCUGGAAGAGUUCGUCUAUUGCUGCACAGAGGAACCACUUGCUUCCGUGGUCAUGGAAGACGUGAUGGAGAGCGUCGCCGGAAGUCUGUCCGUGGUUGCAUUGUGAGCCAAGAUUUGUCUGUUUUGAACUUGGUCAUUGUCAAGAAGGGUGAGAAUGAUCUUCCUGGGCUCACUGACACUGAGAAGCCAAGGAUGAGGGGUCCCAAGAGGGCAUCAAAGAUCCGCAAGCUUUUCAACCUCUCCAAGGAGGAUGAUGUUCGCAAGUAUGUUAACACUUACCGCAGGACCUUCACCACAAAGAAUGGCAAGAAGGUGAGCAAGGCUCCUAAGAUCCAACGUCUGGUAACUCCAUUAACCCUCCAGAGGAAGCGCCGAAGAAUAGCUUUGAAGAAGAAGAAGAUCUCAAAGGCCAAAGCUGAUGCUGCAGAGUACCAGAAGCUCUUAGCUUCAAGGUUGAAGGAGCAGAGGGAGAGGCGAAGUGAGAGUUUGGCAAAGAGGAGGUCUAAGCUCUCUGCUGUCACCAAGCGUCCAUCUGAAGCUGCUUAAAAAUGAUGCUGUUUUAUGUUGUGGGUUUUUUUUUUGAGAUAAUUUUAUGUUUGCUGCAAUUUUGUUGAGUUAGAGACCUAUUAAUUUGCAGUAGCUUUUUGGAUUAGAAUGGUAACAUUGUUGUGGAUUUCUCGUUUCAUUGAAGCUGCUAAUACUUUUGAUUGUUACUUGACAUUUUUCUUGAAAAGCAUGCUAUUUUAUAGUA